AUGCUCACUCGACGACGUUUUCCGCCUUUCCCACCCUCAACAGGCUCAUUUGCUGACCACUUUCCUUGUCCCGUGAGGCUGCCCUACACCACCUUCUGUCCGACAUCGGCCCAUCUGCCCGACCAGACGGUACAGGUGUGCUCGGUCUAUCGGCCCUCUUCGGAUUCGCCGCAGUCGAGUUCGAGUCUCGUCUCACCUGGCCCGCCCGUUAAGCUGGCCAAGCGUUCACGACGGCGAAGACCGAACGUCUACGAGGCCGAACCGACAACGGCGACGAUGACAGCGGAAGGCGACGCGAACGGCGAAACGCGCAGACGCAGACGUGGUCCACAGCGAAGGCGUGUCUCGACCGGUUUGAUGUUCUCGGCGGGACAGUCGAUCUAUCAUCAGUCAGCGGAUCAGGUCACGUUUGAUCGUCUUCAGAAUGGGAUCACCGAACUCAUCUCCUCCUCCUCCUCCUCCUCCUCUUCGUCGUCGUCAUCGUCGUCGUCGUCGUCAUCGUCGUCGUCGUCGUCGUCGUUCGCCCUCGGUACCGGCCACUUCGACUGGACGGCAACCAGCCGAUCCAUCUGGUCGGAUCACUUCGAGGCGAGCCAUCGGCCACAUGGACACGCCUAUGACGUGUUUUCGCCUCAGUGUACGUUGACCUUUUGCAGUCUCAUUUGGUAA